CAUUCCUUCUGUGGAAUAAUGAAAUUGCAAUUCUAAGGUGAUAACCGAGUAGACUGAAGAACAACACUGUCUGAAGACGCGCAUUCCUUAAUCCUAUGAGCCAUUGACUCUCUUUCCUGGUUCUCCCCCAUUCCAAAGUGAGAGUUGAAAGUCGAUUAACAUGGCGUUUCAAGCAAAGAAACUCAUCAAUGAUCCCAAUGAUGUGGUUACUGAGUUCAUCGAGGGUUUGGUGGAGACUUAUCCUGGAUUGCAGUAUUUGGAUGGUUUUCCUGAGGUAAAGGUUGUUUUGCGUGCUGAUGUAUCAGGCUCUACUUAUGAUAAAGUGUCGGUCAUAUCAGGAGGUGGCAGUGGUCAUGAGCCUGCCCAUGCUGGAUUUGUCGGUCAAGGAAUGCUUACUGCUGCAAUAUGUGGAGAUAUAUUUGCUUCUCCACCCGUUGACUCAAUUCUAGCUGGUAUUCGAGCUGUAACCGGGCCAAAGGGAUGCCUCUUAAUUGUCAAGAAUUACACUGGGGAUCGCCUAAAUUUUGGUCUGGCUGCUGAACAAGCAAAAUCUGAGGGCUACAAAGUUGAGAUGGUCAUAGUUGGUGAUGAUUGUGCUUUAGCACCUAGAGGUGUGGCUGGACGCCGAGGCUUGGCAGGAACUAUUCUUGUCCACAAGGUUGCUGGAGCAGCAGCAGCUGCCGAUUGCUCCCUUGCAGAAGUUACAGCUGAAGCUAGAAGAGCAUCUGAAAUGGUUGGUACUAUGGGUGUUGCAUUAUCUGUAUGCACCCUUCCUGGGCAAGUCACAUCAGAUCGCUUGGGUCCUGGAAAGAUGGAACUUGGUCUUGGAAUUCAUGGAGAACCUGGUGCUGCUGUGGCUGAUUUGCAACCUGCUGAUGUGGUUAUUGCUCAUUUUCUUAUGCAAAUAUUAUCACCGGAAACAAAUUAUGUGCCUAUUGAACGGGGGAAUAAUGUUGUCCUCAUGGUCAAUGGGUUGGGCGCCACUCCUGUGAUGGAACUGAUGAUUGCUGCUGGCAAAGCUAUUCCUAGAUUGCAGUUGGAGCAUGGUCUGGCUGUUGAUCGAGUGUAUACAGGCUCUUUUAUGACUUCUCUGGACAUGGCAGGAUUAUCAAUUACUGUCAUGAAGGUAGAUGAAGCAAUUCUGCAACUAUUAGAUGCUCCAACAAAGGCACCAGCCUGGCCUGUAGGUGUUGAUGGUAAUCGCCCACCCGCAAAGAUUCCUGUCCCUGUUCCUCUAUCUUCAAUUGCAAGGAGCAAUGAGCUAUCAACUCGGCCACAAGAACUAAGUGAACAAGGUCGUGUUCUUGAGGUGGCUAUUGAAGCGGCAACUAGUGAAUUGAUUAAUUUGAGGGACCAACUCAAUGAAUGGGACAGUAAAGUUGGUGAUGGUGAUUGUGGAUCUACGAUGUAUCGUGGUGCUUCUGCUAUUCUAGAAGACAUGAAGAAAUAUUAUCCUCUGAAUGAUGCAACAGAGACCAUAAAUGAGAUUGGAUCUUCUAUCAGAAGGGUCAUGGGAGGGACAAGCGGGAUAAUAUAUGACAUACUAUUCAAAGCCGCAUAUGCUGAAUUGAAGUCAACUGGCCAGUGCACAAUUACACCUAAAGAAUGGGCUUCUGCACUUCAGGCUGCUAUUGCUGCUGUAAGCAAGUAUGGAGGGGCCAGUGCUGGUUACCGGACAUUAUUAGAUGCUCUAAUUCCAGCUGCAGAAAUUCUUCAAGAGAGACUAAAUGCUGGGGAUGAUCCAGUCAAUGCUUUUGUUCUCUCAUCUGAAGCCGCAUUUGCUGGUGCAGAGUCUACCAAGAAUAUGCUUGCACAGGCUGGGCGCUCAACUUAUGUAUCCAGUAAUAAUUUGGCUUCAGUUCCAGAUCCUGGUGCUAUGGCUGCUGCCUCAUGGUAUAAAGCUGCAGCUUUGGCUUUAAAGAAGUUUUACCAGACAUGAUAGUUUCGGAGUAUUAUCCAUUCACCACCAUGUUUUUCUGGCACACAACUUCAACUUCCUGUGGUGUUACUUCUGCUCAGUAGCAGCGUUGGCUGUCGAGACUUGACUAAUCUUCUCCUGUGUGCCGCUUUUUUUGGGCCGCAGAGUAUUUUCUCUGUAAUUUUGUGCUUAGGACCAAUUAACAUGUGGUCGUCUGCUUACGAAUCUAAGCUCAUCAAUUUUAACAUGUUCAUAAAUUUCAUCAAGUUUUCCAAAAACACCCAAUUAUGAAGUUAAUCCUUAGUGCCUAACUAGCUAUCUCUAUAAA